AUGAUAAAUCGUUAUUUUUUGCUUUUCCUAUUCGUGGGAGAAAAAAUUACAUUUUAUGAAUUAUUAGGAGUUUCAUCAAAAGCUUCUAUUAAGGAAAUUAAUCGCGCAUAUAGGAAAAAGAGUAUUCUUUACCAUCCUGACAAAAAUCCCAGCACAAAGGAACUUUAUACCCUACUAGGCUUAAUCGUUAAUAUCCUACGAAAUUCUGAUACACGUAAACGAUAUGACCAUUUCUUGAAAUCUGGGUUUCCACGUUGGAAGGGAACUGCUUAUUUGUAUUCUAGAUACCGCCCUGGUCUCGGAACCGUCCUUAUUUUACUUGCUGUAUUUAUUACAUUUGCCCAUUUAAUGAUGCGUCUGUUGAGUGUCAAACGCCAGAAAAAAAUCAUGCAAGAUCACAUCGACGUGGCUAGACAAUACGAACAACAUUCCAACGCCGCUAAAGGGACCAAGCGUCUUGUUACAGUGCCUGAAGGAAAAAGAAUCUAUACGGUGGAUUCGUUCACGGGACAAGUAUGCAUUUUAGACCCUUCAUCAAAUGUUGAAUAUUUAGUAUCUCCAAGCGCUGUUCCUGACGUGCGAUUCUCCGAUACCUUAUUGUAUCGGAUUCCCAAAUUCUUUUUACAAACAUUUAUUUUACGUUGGUUUACAAAGAAUGACGAUGUCCAGGAUGCCGGUGUGAAUUUCUCCAAUGAAGAAGAAGAAAAAUCAGAGUCCAAAGAAAGAUUACCAGAACAACAAACCAAACCUGCCGAGGGUACAGCCAAGGCUGGAAAGCGUAGGGUUAAACGUCGUUCAAACAGGGUUCCUCUUCGUAAAAACGAUCAAAACACUUAA